AUGGUGUUAAAAGCCUUCUGUACACAGGUCCAAUGUAAAGACAGUUACACUACUAGUCUGGACUAGCAGCAUUGAUACGUGUAACGUAUCAAACAAGGUUAAGAUCACAAGCAGAGAAAAGUCACCCCAGUGGGCCAUGCUGUGCGUUUAAUUGUGGUGUAGAAGAUGGCUCAAUAGGUUGAAGCAUGGGACUAACAAAAGGGUUGUGGGUUCGAUUGUGUCUUCAUGUGUUAGCUGUAAGUCACUUGAGAUAAAAGUAUCUGCUAAAUGACCAUAAUGAUAUUGAAUAUCUGUCAGUCGAUGUUACUUAAGUUAAGGGUUGGCCUAAGCAUCUGUUGAAAAAACAAUAUCCUGAUUCAUACUGUGAUAUGGAAUCGGUAAAAGCCCUUGAGCUGAUUAUUGGGAGGAUUUGACCUUCUGAACCUUUCAGACUGUGUCUGGCCAUAUCUGAUCGUGUGGUCUAUUUCCUCUAGGGACCCUGAAAAGCUCGCUGCAAUAUUACAUUAUGGAUGAUGCUUAUUGGCAACACUUGACCGCAUCUGACCCUAACCAUGUGUGACCAUAUCUGACAGCUUUUGACCGUGUGUGACCAUGUGGUCGCUCUCUAAUCUGUAGGGACCCUAAACGCUUUCCUGAGACAGAAGGGUCAGGCAGUGGCCGAGGGGCCUGCGUGGUCGCUGAGUGGUAACCAAGGCGACCGCUGGAAACAAGCCAAAGUCAGCAUCCACCCAACCACCUCUUUCCAGGUGAGUAAGAUUGGACAUGUGAUUGGAUGAUUGUGUGAUUGGAUGAUUCAGGAGUCAGUAAUGGGACGAAUCCUAACUUAAAGUCUCUCUAUCUUUCCCUCCAUCUCUCUCUUUUUCUCCAACCUCAGGUGGUGUUGGAGGGUAUCCGAGGUCCAGGCAUCGAGGGGGACAUCGCAAUUGAUGACGUCACCCUUGAGGAGGGAGAGUGUCGAGAUCUACCCCCCAUUAGUAAGCACAAAAACACAGAAGGAGGAGUUUAUCCCUAA